ACGUGGCAUCAAUCCUCCAAUAGCAAGCAGUCCAUGCAAGCAACUCCCCCUCUCAAGCCUCAUACAAAAGAGAAGACUCCACAUUACUCAGGACCCUCGAAAUGGCCUGCACUUGCAAGCAUCACAUGCAAGCUCUUUACUGAUUUUGCAUUCCAGUUUCCUCCUUGAGUUUCAGAGAAAAUGACAGUCUCUGCCGAUGUCCGGUUCUCCCUCUCAGCUGCAGCUGCUGGCCAGUUGCAUGGCGCCAGAGGAUUGGGAGUGAGGAGAUAUUGCUCGAGACUUGUGAAGUUUGGCAAUGGAGAGUUGAUGGGAAAUAAGUUGAAGUUAAACCAACUUCAUCAAGGAACUAGUACUCUUGCUGUUAGAAUUCCUAAGCAACAAGUUUGCAUGUCUCUUACUACUGAUGUAGCAAUGGAGUCCAGGUUGAGGGACCUAGAGAUGGAAAAAAGGGAUCCACGGACAGUCGUGGCUGUUAUUCUUGGUGGAGGAGCCGGUACUCGUCUUUUCCCUCUGACAAAGCGCCGAGCCAAACCUGCUGUCCCAAUCGGAGGUUCAUACAGACUGAUAGAUGUGCCAAUGAGCAACUGCAUCAACAGUGGAAUCAACAAGGUAUACAUCCUCACUCAAUACAACUCAGCAUCACUAAAUAGGCAUCUUGCUCGUGCCUACAACCUCGGUAAUGGAGUCAGUUUUGGAGAUGGUUUUGUAGAGGCCCUGGCAGCUACUCAAACUCCUGGAGAGGCAGGUAAAAAGUGGUUCCAGGGCACCGCUGAUGCUGUGCGGCAAUUUCAUUGGCUUUUUGAGGGCCCAAGAAGCAAGGAGAUUGAGGAUGUGCUAAUUCUUUCUGGAGAUCACUUGUAUCGAAUGGACUACAUGGACUUUGUGCAGAAUCAUCGGCAGGGUGGUGCAGAUAUUACUCUCUCUUGUCUACCGAUGGAUGAUAGCCGGGCCUCAGAUUUUGGUCUCAUGAAGAUUGACAAUAAGGGGAGAGUCCUUUCAUUCAGUGAAAAACCGAAGGGGGUUGACCUGAAGGCAAUGGAAGUCGAUACGACAGUAUUGGGGCUUUCGAAGGAAGAAGCUUUAAAGAAACCAUACAUUGCUUCAAUGGGAGUGUAUGUCUUCAAGAAGGAGAUACUUUUGAACCUUUUAAGGUGGCGUUUUCCAACUGCAAAUGACUUUGGAUCAGAGAUAAUUCCAGCUUCGGCAAAAGAAUUUUAUAUGAAGGCGUAUCUCUUCAAUGAUUAUUGGGAAGACAUAGGAACCAUCAGAUCCUUCUUUGCAGCAAAUCUUGCCCUCACUGAGCAUCCUCCAAGGUUUAGUUUCUAUGAUGCAGCAAAGCCAAUGUAUACAUCACGAAGAAACCUACCCCCAUCCAAGAUUGACAGUAGCAAGAUAGUUGAUUCAAUCAUAUCUCAUGGAAGUUUCUUAAACAACUGCUUCAUCGAACACAGUGUAAUUGGUAUCCGAUCUCGAAUAAACUCAAAUGCCCACUUACAGGAUACAGUAAUGCUUGGUGCUGACUUUUAUGAAACGGAAGCUGAAGUGGCAUCAGUGGUUGCUGAAGGAAGUGUACCGGUUGGGAUAGGAGAAAACACAAAAAUCAAAGAAUGCAUAAUCGAUAAAAAUGCCAGAAUUGGGAAGAAUGUCGUUAUUGCAAAUUCAGAGGGCAUACAAGAGGCCGAUAGAUCCAUGGAAGGCUUCUACAUCCGAUCUGGUGUUACGGUCAUAUUAAAGAACUCUGUUAUUCAAGAUGGAACUGUAAUAUAAUUUUGAUUGUUUUUUCUUCCAUCCUGUUUUUGUCGAUCAGGAUAGUAGCGAAGAUGGUAUAAACGCAACAUGACUAAUGGCAACCACCACCUUGUUUAUGGUGUGAGUAUGCAAA